UUCCACAGAAGUUGGGUUUUCUUUCUGCUGGAGUCUUCUGGCUGUGAAAAAGUUGUGUGGGAAGGAGGUACAGAGAAGCUAGGUAGCCCUGUUACAAGACACCCUAGCAGGAUCCUACCACUUCUGGGGAGCAGCCAGCUCUGGAGUUGCUGGAUAACCCAGCAUUUGCUAGUGCAACAAAAGGGUACAGUUUGGACAAAGCCCUGUUUCCUCUUGGGAAGGGGACUCUUCCUUACACUAUGGAAUUAUAUUGUGUUCCUUAAGCAUUGCAGGAGAGCAAAGCCCUUUGCUUGUGAAGGACAACCCUAAAGCAAAGGAUGAGAAAUAUAAUGAAGAAAAGCAAGUACCUCUGUCUAACCGAAGAUGGAGUGAUGGGAAUAAAUAAUAAAGGGAAGUUCUUGAAAAAGAUCACGUUCUAACAGGAUUGACUCUCACGUUGCCCAAAUGAUGAAAAAAAUCAGCCACACUGUAAUGAGAUGUUCUAGCAGGUGAGCCCUAGCCAUAGCAUAGUCAGAGGCUCCCUGUUACAUCAUUAUGGCUGAACUGUGAUGUCACUGAGUGCACCCACCUAGCCAUAGCAUAGUCAGAGGCUCCCUGUUACAUCAUUAUGGCUGAACUGUGAUGUUACUGAGGGCACCCACCUUCAGUGAGUACACUGAAGAGUCAGCAUGUGGAGGAGCAGACACCCAAGGAGAGCUGUCUCUGAAGGGCACACAUUGGGAGCCAUGCCUCCUAGUAAAGAGGCCAGCAGUCUUCAUAGCUCACCAGCAGGGCUCAUCUGCCUCCCUCCAAUCUCUGAGGAGCUACAGCUGGUGUGGACCCAAGCAGCCCAGACCAGUGAGCUGGACAGCAAUGAACACCUGCUGCAAACCUUCAGCUACUUUCCCUAUCCCAGUCUAGCAGACAUUGCCCUUCUCUGCUUGCGUUAUGGGUUGCAGAUGGAGAAAGUCAAGACAUGGUUCAUGGCCCAGCGCCUCCGAUGUGGCAUUAGCUGGUCAUCUGAAGAAAUAGAAGAGACUCGAGCCCGAGUAGUCUACCACCAGGACCAACUCCAUUUCAAAUCCCUUCUAUCUUUUACUCAUCAUGUAGUGCGGCCCCCAGAGGAGGUACAGUCUUCUCAGAUCCCACCUCCGGAACAAGGUGGUCUUGGAAGAAGCCCUCUGACUCUCAGUGAGCCCACCCAGAUGAAAGGAUUGAAGGUGGAACCUGAGGAGUCCUCUCAGAAUCUGCCACUGCCGCUGAGUCACCAGAAAGCAAAGGAGUCCCUCUUGACACCUGGCAGUGGAGCAUUCCCCAAACAACCAGAUUUUUCACAGAAUCGGCAAAGUGGUAGCCUCUCUAAGGAGCAGGCAGGCAGGGGUCCUGACCAUUCAUGUGGUAUAGGCACCGCUUCCUGGAACCACUCCACUGCUGUUCACCAGCCACAAGCUCAGCAUAAGCCAUCACUUUCAUCACCGGCCAGUAGUUGUAAGGAGGAGACAACACCUCGUGUGACUCCUUCUUCCUCUACCUCUUCUUCCUCUUUCCAGGUACUGGCUAAUGGAGCUACUGCCAGCCCUAAACCCCUCCAGUCGCUGGGCUGUGUCUCACAGUCACCAUCAGCCAGAGAACAGGCACAGCCUCCACAUGUGGAAGCAGGCUGGUCCCAAAGGCUGCGGCCUAACUCACUAGCAAGUAGGGCCAGCCCCACAGGAUACCUUUCCCCCGAUAUGCAACGCCAGCGAAAGAUUAAGCGCAAAACCAAAGAGCAGCUGGCAAUCCUCAAAUCCUUUUUUCUACAGUGCCAAUGGGCACGGCGUGAAGAUUACCAUAAAUUAGAACAGAUCACGGGUUUACCUAGGCCUGAGAUCAUUCAGUGGUUUGGUGAUACACGUUAUGCCUUGAAGCAUGGGCAACUAAAAUGGUUUCGGGACAAUGCAGUGCCUGGUGCCGCUAGUUUCCAAGACCCAGCAACUACCACACCACCAUCAACUCGCUCCUUGAAAGAAUGGGCCAAGACACCACCUCUGCCAGCACCCCCACCUCCACCGGAUAUAGGAUCCUUGGAGAGGUACUGGGCAGCCCACCAUCAGCUCCAGGAAACUGAUAUCCCUCAGCUGUGUCGGGUGUCAAGGCUGAGCACCCAGCAGGUGAGGGAUUGGUUUGACUCUCAGUUACGUGAGCCAGCUGAGGUGGUUGUUUGUUUAGAUGAGGAAGAGGAAGAGGAGGAAGAAGAACUGCCAGAAGAUGGUGAAGAAGAGGAGGAGGAAGAUGAUGACGAUGACGACGAUGAUGAUGUGAUCAUACAGGACUGAGUGGGCGGACUAAGGAAAGGGGAAGGUUUGUUACUAAAGGAUGAACAGAUUUAGUAACUGUUUAAACAAACCACAUUUUAAAAAUUACUUUGUGACAAAGAACUAAAAAUCUUUGUGUUCUUCAGAGUGGGUGAUGGGGAUAUAGUAAUUUGAGGAUGGAUGGGGGAGGAUGCCCAAAAAUCCUCUAGCCUUAGGGCUAAAGAUCUGACACUGAGCUAGGCAACGGCCCUUGUUCUCCUUUUUUCUGGUAUUUUUCUCCCUUGGAGCACUAGAGGCUGGGCCUCAUCCCUACACCCACAGAAGUCCUAGAAAGAAAGUAGAGAACUGAUGAUUCAAUUGAUGAUACCAGUGCAUCCUGAUCCCACCAUUUUCCUGGAUUCUAAGGCUGCCUUGCAUCCUUCCCAAUCCUUCUGAGCACAAUGCAUAAUGGAGCUAAGAUUCUCAAUACGUUCCAGCCUUGUCAUAGAUACUUCCUGUUCCUCGUACCAACUUGAUAAUCUCAUCUGCUUCAUCACUGAAUCAUGGGAAGCAGAAUGUUCUCAUUUCUGAUACUGGGACCACUUUGCCUCCUUUUCAUCGCUACAAAAUCCCCUUUUGUUUACUAUUUGUCUCAGGGUAAAUCUUCCCUGCAGAGUCUCAAAAGGUUUAGAAAUGGGUGGUGAAUAUUUAGUCUAGAUAUUCAUUGGAGGUCGGAAUUAGGAGAGAUGUCUUUUACAAAACAUAGAAUUACAUUACAGAAUGAUGAGAAGGGACAGUUCUCCUGGUCAAAGGGUGACAGAAGCAGUACCAGGUUUGGUUUUACAAACCUGACACUACCUCAAAUCUAGCUUGACAAAGACUAAUUUUUCAGUUUUUUUGCUGUUUAAUCUGUGACCAGAAAAGACUUUUCCCUCUCUAUAGGAUUUGUCUUGGAGACAAAGGGACUAUGGUCUUUAACUGAAUUAUUAUUAUUAUUUUUAUUGAGUUUAUUGGUACAUUUUAGGUAUACAGUACAGUUUUAA